AUGGAACGCAGAGCAUCCAUACUCUGGCUAGUUGUGCUCGCUUUGGUGGGAAACGCCUUAGCCUUCCAGGAGAAGGCAUCUCUGCAGGCAAGUCUGGUCCAGGUGCAAUCCCAGGGACGCAACGAGGCUCAGGUGCAACAACAGCAACAGCAGCAGCAACAACAACAACAGCAGCAGACACUACAACAACAGCCACAGCAGGUGCUUGGCGGCAAUGUUGAGGAUGCAUUGGGAUCAUCACGUGGCAUCGAAGAUCAGCUGUUGAAGACUAUCGGUAAGGCUGGCUUCAAAUACUUUGUGCCCUCCAGCUCGACGACUACUCCGAAACCGACAGUACAACAUCAACACCAUUACUAUUAUUCUUCAGAGGAUAACCAGCAUCCGCGUCAGUAUCAUGGUCACCAUCAUCAUUCGCCACCGCGGUAUCCUUGGCCCAGCUACCCGCAACCACCACCACCACCGCCACCGCAACGCCCCUGGGUACCACCGUAUAAUUCAUGGCCCUAUGGCUGGGGCUAUCCCGGUUAUCCACGCUAUCCAAGUUAUCCCGGCUAUCCCAGUUAUCCUGGCUACCCUGGCUAUCCUGGUUAUCCAGGCUAUCCCAGCUAUCCCAACUAUCCUGGCUACCCCUACUAUCCCUUUUAUCGCUCCUCGGCCAAUGAGGAAACCGACGAGGCCGGCAUCCAACAGCCGGAGCUCAGUCAACGCUCUAUUCCCGGUAGCUAUCAGGCACGUGUUUUGGCCUCCACUGGCAACCUCGUCGCUGGCAAGUCCAACGGCGAUGUUCUGCCCCUCUAUCAGCUUCUCAAUGUGGCUAGGGUCUAAGUGAAAAUCAUUCCCA